AUGUUUCCGUGGGAAGGUGCGAUACCAUAUACCAUUAUGUUUGGAUUCUUCACCAUCUGUGGUGGUGCGGUCUCCGGCAUUCACUAUUGGAGUAAUGGUAACAAAAGAGACAGAUUCAGCAUGGAUCAAUGGGACCGUCAGCAUUUCGAAAGAGAUUACAGAUUGACUGGUCUCUAUAGAGGUCAAGCUGAUAAUGUCAAGGCUCCAGAAUCCUUUGCCACCAGUGGUUUCAGAAAGUUGCAAAAAGAACCAAGAUGGUGGUGA